AACUGAUGGCGCCGGGGAACGCGCCGCCGAAUCUGGUCCCCGGACCGACGUUGGAGACGCCGUGGAGCGCCUCCGACCACCACUCGUAGCCCUUGAUCCCGAGGCGAGGCACGGCGGCGGCAUUGUUCCCCAGAAGCUUCACCUUCUCCUGCAGCGUCAGUCCAUAGGUUCCACUUUAAUGCCAAGCUAUCCAAACGUCUUCUCGCUUCCCUCUGCAUAUUAAUGCGUACAUUGUCUCCCAUUGUGACUCUGUCAGCAUUACACCUCAACUCCAGAAGAAGCUGCUGCUGAUGCAAUAAAACCAGGUUUGGAUUUGGAUUGUGGGCCUUUCUUGGGAGUUCACACAGUUAAAAAGGGGCUUCUCAAAGAUGCCGAAGUCGAUCUUGCACUGUUCAACACCAUCACACUUCAAAUGAGGCUAGGAAUGUUCGAUGGAGAGCCAUCAUCUCACCCAUACGGCAACCUUGGCCCGAACGACGUCUGCUCUCCUCCCCACCAAGAACUAGCACUAGAAGCUGCUAGGCAAGGCAUUGUUCUGCUCAAAAAUCAAGGCCCUGUGCUGCCUCUCUCUACACGCAAGCACCAACCGAUCGCGCUCAUUGGACCUAAUUCCUAUGUUACUCUCACCAUGAUAGGCAAUUAUGCUGGUGUGGCGUGUGGUUACACGACGCCUUUGCAAGGAAUAAGGAAGUAUGCUAGGGCAAUUCAUCAGCCAGGAUGCGCAAAUGUCGCCUGUGUUAGUGACGCGUUGUUUGGUGGCGCCAUUGAGGCUGCCCGGACGGCUGAUGCAACUGUCAUGGUUAUGGGGUUGGACCAAUCUGUCGAGGCAGAGUUCAAAGACCGGACAGGGCUCCUGCUGCCUGGGCGUCAACGGGAGCUCAUCUCGAAGGUUGCUGCUGCCUCAAAAGGCCCAACCAUUCUUGUGUUGAUGACCGGUGGUGCGGUUGAUGUCUCCUUCGCCAAGCAUGAUCCGAAGAUCGGAGCCAUUGUAGGGGCCGGCUAUCCUGGCCAAGCCGGUGGUGCUGCCACUGCUGAUAUCUUGUUUGGAGCUCAUAAUCCUGGUGGGAAGCUUCCAAUGACAUGGUAUUAUGCAAUCCAACACGACAAGCCAAUGGGUCAGGGUGACCCAUGCCAGGUGCAGCCGGCUGUCGCUUAGCUUUAGUGUGGACGUGAGGAACGUGGGGACGAGGGUGGGGUCCCACACGGUGCUCCAGCCCGCAGCUGGUUGCGCCCGGCCGGGGUUCGCAGAAUUCCGAUGGGAGACCACGCGCUGAGUAUCGGAGAUUUGAAGCAUUCUGUUUCACUUCAACCGCACACUUGGUGUCAUCAUUUAACUCAACAUUCUUGGUUGAUUGGUAAUUUUAGUGUUUAGGCUUAUUGGUUCAAUUAGUGUUUGUAACAUGGUUAUUUUAAGGAAUCUCGAUGAGAUUCCAAAACAAGAUUCGACAAAGAAAGGAAUAUGAUUGAUCAAGAUUCGCUUAUUGAUCUAAUUAUUUUUGCCAAGAUUUUUGUUGUAAUUGUAUUUCAAGAACAAGGUCAUGAAAAAUGAGGGACUUGGGAAACAGCUUAAAAGUUCAAUUCA